UUGAACUCUAAUCCUCUGUUAGAGCAUCAAGUGCUCUUCCCCUGAGCCAGAAAUGCUUUGCUAGCAGCCUGUUUAUGUCAAUAUAGAGAACUUACAAGUUAAAUGAAACAAUUCAUAGUAUCAGAAUAUAAAAAAUGGGGGCUGGAGAGAUGGCUCAGUGGUUAAGAGCACUGGCUGCUCUUCCAGAGGACCCAGGUUCAGUUCCAAGAGAGGUAAGCAGACAGCGUUCCGACCCACGGAGACCCAACGAAGUGCUGAGGUAUAAGCCUCUGCUGAGCGAGUGCAACACAGCUUUGGACGACCCGACCCCGGACUACGUGCAUCUCCUCGGCAUGACCUUUAGCUUGUGCGGCCUCAUGCUUAAGCUGAAAUGGGGUGCUUGGGUGGCUGUCUACUGUUCCUUUAUCAGCUUUGCCAACUCCCGGAGCUCGGAGGACAGCAAGCAGAUGAUGAGAAGCAUCAUGCUCUCGAUCUCUGCCGUGGUGAUGUCCUAUCUGCAGAAUCCUCAGCCCAUGAUGCCCCCGUGGUGAUGUCACCUGCAGGGCUUGGAUCCUGGACUCCUGCCCACCUCCUGGCCUAGCCUUUGGCUGCUUCCAACCUACCCGUAGCUGCUGUCCUUCAACUUAAUGGAGGGAAAUUGGCCCUUUCUUUGGGUCCUGCUUCUGCUUUG